AUGACCAUCACUGCUUCGUUUUGGAGCUUGUGCAAUCUUUUCGGCCAACUUAAGGAGAAACUCCCCCUCACGCGCACGCAACGCGCCGCCUUAGAUUCCUCUCUCAACGCCAGAUUCAUCGGAAAACUUCAACUACUGCUUCUACUUCCCCAACAAUCGAUUAAUUUCCCGUUGCUCAACGUAUUUGAGUAUAUUCUCGUCGUUCCUUUUUUUGCCCUAAUUUUGCUUUCGUCAUUCCAGGGAUAA